GGAGUGUGAAGAGCAACAGCAGCAGCAGCAGCAGCAACAGCAGCAGCAGCAGCAGCAGCAGAGUAUGGAUCUGGCGCUGCUGUUCCUGUUGGCGACCAGUGUGGCAGGCGUCGUCUUCUUCCUGAUGUGCCUGACUGCCUGCAUCUACUGCCUUCUCGUACAGGAAAAGGGUGCCCCAAAUAUUUGGUCCAUGUGAGUUGUCUGAACACCAGGGCGUCAAGGAAAAUAAUCAGCUCAGACUCCUAGUGCACUUGUACGAAAGUGCAAAAGAAGAGCCUCCACUUGCACACUUGCAGUAAGAGCACUUCAAGAGAACAUCUACCAUUCAUACCCCCUUUGGUUAAAAAAAAUUGAAUCCCCGAAUCACAAAGAACAUUCGUAUCAGGUUGAAUAACUCUGAAUAAAAUUAAACCUGAAAUUGAGGAAGAAAAGAUAAUGAUUUUUAUCAACAUAAAACGUUUUUAAGAGUAACCUACAGUAAGAGUAACUUAGUCAGAAAGUGAUGUUCCUCUCCACUCCGAGUCAUCAAUUAUGAAGGACUCCCCUGCUCGCGUCUGGCUGGUGACCAGAGACGACCUCGCUCAGGACAACAGCAGCAAUAGCCCUAGGACCUUCUUCAGGAGUAGUAGCCACAAGCGUGACACCAGUAUCAGUGAGAAUAGAGCUCUACUCGCCACCUCCACCGCCAGUAGUAGCCACAAGCGUGACACCAGUAUCAGUGAGAAUAGAGCUCUACUCGCCACCUCCGCCGCCAGUAGUAGCCACAAGCGUGACACCAGCAUUAGUAACAGCAUCAGUGAGCACAGAUCUCUGUUGGUCACUUCCAGCGCCCCAGCCUCCUCCAUCAGUACAAAUCAAGGCAAUCCUGGCUCAGCCUACAAGCGUUUUCGUCAGUGGAUCGGGACACUUCUUCGAUCCAGGAUCAAACCCACGGAUGUAGUACUAGUCAGGGGCAUCUGCCAGCCACUGCUUAAAGACGAAGAAUUGAAUUCUGAUGAAACGAAAUAGCAAAAUAAUGAAAAGAUUUCGGUAUGGUUCUAAUAUAAUGUGUGUUUGAUUAUGAAGCUCCGGUGAUGGGAGGUGCUGCUUAAUUUUGAGAGCUUAAAAGCUUUUAUUGUUGAUUGGCAGUUUAAGUAGUGAAAAUUGUCUUGCUUAGUUCACUAAACUAACUCUUCCAGCUUCGAAAUCUGUUGAUUUUCUCUUAAUGGUAAUUAAGAUGAAAACAUUGCCAUGAAAUGCCCUGAAUACAAAAAAAAUAUUAAUAUUUCUAGCAGCGUAUAUUGAAUAUUGAAAUUAAAUAAUGUAACUUAAUGAAAUAAGGGAGAAUCAAUUAAAAAAAAACUUUUAAGCAAGCUGAGAAGGCUGUGUGGCAUGACUCACUGACACCAUGUCUAAAUAUUAGUAGCUCUGAUUUUACUAUCCUCUAAAAAAAAUGCUAGAAGGCCUUUAUAAACAUGAACAGAAUUCCUGCAUAAAAUAUGAAAGUAAUAAAUACUAUUUGACUGGCGCUUGUGACUGUCGUAUACACUGACACUGCCAUCACUGUUGUGGAGCCUCAGAGUUACUUCACUCGCCUCCAGUAAACCAGCUUCCAGGAACUCUUUUGUUGUCAAAAAUAAAUACACACGAGAUUCAGCCGAAGGCAUGAGGACGCUGCCUACACACAAGAAGAGGUGUCUGCAGCAAGUUGAAGACUCAACCAGCACGGAGACCUACUUCAAACACUAAGAGACGUCUUUACUUUCAUGGGACGUGUGUGUGGGUGUGUGUGUGUGUGUGUGUUAGGAUCCAUAUCACCCAAGGACCUGCAGUGGAGAUCAGGCAGGUAUCCCGAAAAGGAAAAACAAACUCGUUAUGAGUAUACAUUAUCAGCUUGAGCAUAUUAUCGGACUCUGCGAUAUAACUACAGCAUCAUCUGAGAAAUCAGAACCUGGGACAACAGUAGUAUCUUCCAAGACAUCAGAACCUGUGAAAUGAAUGCAGCCCCUUCUAAGAGAUUAAAAGUCGUAACAUACAUGCAACAACUGAAAGAUCAGAACCUGUGAAAUGAGUGCAGCAUAUUUUGAGAAUUAAGAAUCUCUGAGUGAAGCAUCUUAGAGAUUACACCCUGACAGAUGAGGGCAGCAUCCUUCACCUGAGAGAUCUUAACUUACGAAAUGAGUGCAGCACUUGUCGCAUGAAAUCAUUCUCUACGUGUAGCAGCUGACAGGAAACCAUCUUCCCAGAGAACAGGCCAAGAAAAAAGGUAGAGUGAUCCAGCUGUUGUGCCUGGAGUUCUGCUGCGCCUCUCUGCCACAGGUUCUUCUUGCUUGUUGCAUGUUGCAGGUUCAAUAUGGAGUCACUGCCGCGACCU